AUGUCAUCAGGUGACGUCGACGACGAGCCGCCCCUUGCCGCCGCCCCCGCCCCGCCGAUGACGUCAUCAGGCGUCGCCGCCGCCCCCGCCGGCGUCCCCGCGCCGGCCCCGAAGCUGUCGGGCCCGUCGGCGGCCGCCAAGGCGGCGCGGGCCCAGGGGGCCGCGAUAUUCGAUGGCCUCUGGAUGUUGGGGGCCGAGGAGGAGGAAGAGGAGGAGGAGGAGGAGGCGGAGGGAGAUGAGGAUGAUCUGAGUGCAGCAGCAGCAUCCAAGGACUUGGCCGAUGCAGAUGUCGUGGCCGAAUCGGCGGCGGCGGGCGCGGCGCCGUCGGCGCUCGAGCAGGCGGCCGCAGGCGAUGGUGCUGGCGGCGGGGCGGCGGCGGCCGCGGCGGCGGAUGGGGCUGCGGAGGCUGACCACUUGGACACGCUGCUGGGCGCGGCCGUGGCUGGGCGCGUGACCCCCUCCAGCACCACGGCCGCCGCCACCGCCGCCGCGGCCGCCCCCAAGCGCCGCCGCGGCGACCUCGAGUUUGCGGUGCGUGGCGGCAUCGACGACGUCCCGGGGGCGUGGCGGGCGCUGAAGGGGCGCGGCUUUGCCAUAGAGUACCCCUUUGAGCUGGACGUCUUUCAGAAGGAGGCGGUGCUGCAUUUGGAGGCGGGCCACUCGGUGGGUGGCGCAGCAAUGGGUGUCCCGGGUGACGGGGGUGAUUAG